AUGCCAUCCAAGCAAAGUACUUCUGCCACAGGUGUAGGCGGUGAAGACAAACUGGGGGAGUCGAAAAGUGUCAAGAAUAAUGGUAAAAAGCAUCGGAGAUCGAAGAGUAAGAAGCGAAGAUUGAAUUUUGCACCCCUCAAUACUCCUUUGAAAAACAGAUUGGAAACUAUUGGGAUAAUUUGGCAUACGAUCUCGAUUCCUUUCUUUAUUUGCUUAUUUUUGGGUUUGAUUUCAUUAGGGUGGAUAGUUUGGGCUCUAGUUAUUUUACCCUAUUUCAUUUGGUGGUAUGGCUUUGAUUUACAUACUCCAACCAAUGGGAAAGUGGUUUAUAGAGUUCGUGAUUGGAUGAAGAAUUUAUUGAUUUGGAAAUGGUUUGUUGAUUAUUUCCCAGUAAGAGUCCAUAAAACAGUUGAGCUUGAACCUACAUUCUCGAAUGUCUUGGUGGAAGAGGAUUCCAUACCUGACGAUGAAGAGGAUUUGAUUAGUGAACAUCUGAGAACGAUGAUUGAUAGUAUUUUCAAGAAAUUGGGAUUGAGUAAACGUUUGAAUGAUCUGGACUCUUAUAGUCCUCCUCCCUCUGGUGAAAAUGAUUCUGUUAAUGGCAAGAGAAUCUCUAAAAAUGGUUCUCAUGUGUAUAAUUAUAAAAAAAUCUCAACCGGUCCUCGUUAUAUCUUUGGGUAUCAUCCUCAUGGAGUAAUUUCAAUGGGUGCAAUGGCUACUUUUGCAACCAAUGCCAUUAGAAAUAAGCCUUUCGAACCCCCGGUCAAAUUCUUAAAACCAUUUUUCCAUGAUCCUUCCAAACAUGAGUGUCUUUUACCCGGUAUUGGAUAUGUUUUCCCCUUGACUUUAACCACUCAGUUCACUUUACCUUUAUAUAGAGAUUACUUAUUAAGCUUGGGUCUUACCAGUGCAUCCGCUAAAAAUAUUAAAAGUAUAAUCAACAAUGGUGAUAACUCGGUUUGCAUUGUUGUCGGUGGGGCUCAAGAAUCGCUUUUAAAUAACAUGGUCUCUGGUUAUACAAAAGUGGGUAAUGGUUAUAAAGGAGACCAAUAUCAAAAAGAAGAAGAAGAUGAUGAUGAUUUCCAAGAAGAAGAACCUUCUAAUUUAUCUUCAGAUAAAGACCACGAUGAUGAUUAUUACUCAGAUAAUAAGCCCAAAGUUAAAAGAGAAAUCAAAUUAGUUCUAAAUAAACGAAAGGGCUUUGUUAAGUUGGCCAUUGAAUUAGGAAACGUUUCGUUAGUGCCAACUUUUGCAUUUGGUGAAGCUGACAUAUAUAAAUUAUCAAUUCCAAAACCUGGUUCUUUUGGUUAUGCAUUUCAGCAAUGGAUGAAGAAUACGUUUCUGUUUACAUUACCUUUUUUCAGUGCAAGAGGUAUCUUCAUUUAUGAUUUUGGAUUUUUACCAUUUAGAAACCCUAUUGAUGUCGUAAUGGGUAGACCAAUCCUUAUCCCAGAAGGGGCAUUAUCAGAAUAUAGAUUAAAACAUCCAGAAUCUGAACCUUCUAAACCACAAACCGAAACUAAUUCUGAUAAACCCAAAGCUAACAAUGAAUCACAAGUACGUAGGUCAGGUGAAUCAUUCACUAAUUUAUUCAAAAAGAAGGAACAACCUAAAAGUAAAAGUAAAACACAGAUUCCACAAGAACUUUUAGAUCACUAUCAUAGAUUAUACGUUGAUGAAUUAAAGCGUGUUUACGAGGAAAAUAAACACAAAUAUGGAUAUGGUGAUGUUGAAUUGUGCAUCAUUGAAUAAUCUUAUAAUUC